GACGACUACACCCCUGGUUCGUGCAUUGUACAAAAUCAUACCAAAGUUAAAAUAAAUGUGAUCUCUUUUGCUUCGUUUUUGGCAUUGCACACGUGGCUGCCCUAAAACACGCCCAGAUAGAGAGUUAUUGCUGCUUGGACACCCUUUAUGUGGAGACAAUUGCGGACCGAAAAGAUCUAGAUGCACAAACCAACGCGCGAAUGAAAGCUCGCCCCUCCACGUGUAACAGGAACAGAACAGGGGCGGAAAAGGGGGGAGCGGCCCCUUUAAGUGUUAAAGUCGCAGGCGAUUGGUGCGUAGCCCGCUGGACUGGGAAGGCGGGGCUAGCCAAUCAGGAGGCGUUCGGAAGCUUGGCUUGGCUACAUAGUCAGAAAACCGACGCGAAUGUGAAUUGACUGAAGGUCGGAAGAUGGACCUGGAGAGCCUCCGUCACGUGAACCAAGAACUCCUGCAGACACUGAGAAAGAACCAAGAGGCGUUCAAGAAGCGGAUUCAUGCCAAACUGUUGACCCCGUCAUCUCCCUCUAAAAGAGCCGCUCCUCGAGGCAUGCAGGUCUCGCAUAGUGAGGACAGGGUGUGUACUGGAGAUACGCAAGUGUGGUGCAGCCAGAGAGAGAACGGAGACCACUUUCCCAAAGAUGAAACCGAUUCCUUGAUGACCGUCUCUACGGAGGGGGGUUCCCGGGCGGCACGGCUGGGCCUUGGCUGCCCAUUGAAACCCAUCAAGCCCCACGACCAGCGAGGGAGGCAUCACCAAGGGCAUUCGCGUCCCGCCCGAGGGGCCAAAGCGGUCCGCGUGCUGUCAGCAGCGGCAACCACCGGCUCUCCUAGGGCGACUUGCAAAACAGUGAACAGCGGUGAGCCCCCGAGAGGGCAAAGGAAGCCUUCCGUACCUGCGUGCCAUGCGGAGGCUACAAGGCAUUCUGCUUAUUUGCACGAUGACCGGGAAAUGGACAGGCCGCGGGCUGGAGAGGAGGCCAACCAAGCACAAGCUGGAGAGAGCAGCAGAACGAGAACAUCUGCUCACAUGCUGCAGACCCCCAAAUCGAUCCUGCUGACACCUGAGGGCAAGGAAUCCAAAGAGAAACUGAAGAGGGAAUCCGGGCACGUGACGUUCAUGUCUGAUCCUGAGGAAUAUGCCAUCCCAGCAGACGGCUGGUCAGUUCGCCCUUUCCUGGGCUAUGACUGGAUCGCAGGGCUGCUCGACAUGGAUUCCUCUAUGUCAGAGAAACCCGAUGAAUACUUUUCAGAGCUGCAGGAGUUCCGACAGGUGAACAGGGAGGCUUGCAUCUACAAUCAGGACCUCCGGCCAGAGAGAUUGCGUUCCGCGGCUUGCAAUUAUGAAUCAGACAUGGACAUCGACCCGGCUUCCCAUCAAUGCAUCUACUGCUACCGGUUAAACAAACGCCUUUUUGCAGUGCCCCUGGACUCGGAGCCCACCUGCCCCGUCUGCAAAACCCCCAGAGCCCAGCAGCCUCCAGAAACUCUGGUGGAGCCUUCUUUUGUCCGGGUCAGCAUCCCAAGAUCCACCCUCCUCCCUGCUUACAAGCACAAAAUCCACCGCAGGAAAAGCUACGAGCCUGCAGACAACCUGGCGUUGCCCUCUCACUGUUUAGCUGGUUUGGAGAACCCCCUUCGAGCCUUCAGCCCCACCCUCAGCAGCCUUGACCUUCGCUCAUCUGUGGGGGGCACAUCACCUGGGCGCACAAAUCGGAGCUCUGUGUCUAGAGUAGCAGGAGGAACGCGGACCGAUGAAUUGCUCGACCUUUCCCGUGUGGCGGAAUUCGAAGUCUGCAAUCUCUCCCGGCAGGGGAAGCGUCACAAGCCGCCGUGCUGCAAAGCAACUUCUAAUUAAAAAGCACCUGCCCAUUUGAGCUUUUCCCUGCCGUCUUUGAUGGAGAAUGGGGAGCUGCAUGUUGACAGGUCAGGCCCUCCCGCUCGUGGGAUCGGCCACAAACUCAUUUAGCCGACACAGCAUUGCAGGGGCUAUGUGCUGUCUGAGAAAUGACAGGAUGGGUUCGUCUUUUUAAAAAAUGAUCAAAAAUUUUAUUUCUUCCUUUCAAGCUCAAAUCCAAGUGCCUUAUAACACACACACUGAAAAAAAUAAUAAAAACAUGGUUUAAAAUUAAA